AUGAUGGAAAAGGUCGUGAGAGCAUCAGCUCGUGGAUGCUCGCGUCUGAGCCGACAUGGGCUGCAGCAAAGGGGAUAUGCUGCACCCGCGUCCUCCGCCAAGCUGAACAAACCCAUUGAUUUCAAGAAGAGCAUCGUUCUAAAUCAGUCUCAAGCAGCCGCCAGAAAGGCGUUCGGUCUCGAAGACGAAGCUCCAGUGGAUUUUCAGAACCUGCAUUCGGCCAUCAACACGGCCAUGCAUCAUGCCAUGAAGGCGGAUGAGACUGUUAUGCUGUUUGGCGAGGAUGUUGCCUUUGGAGGUGUCUUCAGAUGCUCGAAGGGUCUCUCUGACGAAUUUGGCUCGUCCAGAGUCUUCAACACGCCUCUAUCGGAGCAAGGUCUGGUCGGUUUCGGGAUAGGCUGUGCUGCGGAAGGCAUGAGGCCCAUCGCUGAGAUCCAGUUCGCCGAUUACGUCUUUCCUGCCUUCGAUCAAAUCGUGAACGAGGCCGCCAAAUUUCGGUAUCGAGAAGGUGCCACCGGCGGCCACUGUGGUGGCUUGACCAUCCGGAUGCCUUGUGGAAGUGUCGGCCAUGGAGCGCUAUAUCAUUCACAAAGUCCCGAGUCUCUCUUUUCACACGUUCCUGGGAUGCGGGUUGUGAUGCCCCGAUCACCUGCUCAAGCUAAAGGCAUGCUCACCAACGCUGUGCUGCACAGCAACGACCCCGUGAUUUUCAUGGAGCCCAAGAUCCUAUAUCGGGCCUCGGAGGAGUUCGUUCCACGAGAUCCUUACACAAUACCGCUUGACAAAGCCGAGGUCAUCAAAUCCGGUGCCGACUUGACCUUGAUCUCAUAUGGGCAGCCUCUGUAUCUCUGCGGGAUGGCAAUCGAAGCUCUAGAAAAAGAAAUCAAGGGUCUGAACGUAGAGCUGGUUGACCUGAGAGCAAUUUAUCCUUGGGAUCGCAAGACCAUCCUUGGCAGUGUCAACAAGACUGGACGAGCUGUUGUGGUCCAUGAGAGUAUGCUCAACGGAGGCAUCGGCGCCGAGAUCGCUGCGAGUAUUCAAGAAGGGGCCUUCCUGAAGCUCGAAGCACCGGUAGCCCGAGUCACCGGCUGGUCCACACAUCCUGGGUUGAUCUAUGAGAAAUUCAAUGUUCCAGAUGUUACGAGAAUAUAUGAUGCUAUGAAGCGAACAUUGGAGUACUGA